AUGACGCAAAGUCAACCCGAAGAAAAUGAUAAUAAUUCUGACUCUAUGUUAGAUAUUCAACCUACCGGUCAAUCGAACGAUAAUGAUUCAAAAGUUCCUAAGAAUUUUGAUAUUUCCAAUGAUGACAAUUUCAAGAAUAACAUAAAUGGUCAUUCUUUUGCCCAUACAAAACCUGAAUAUGAUAAUAAAUUAGCUGUUAAUUUAGACAAUUCAUAUUCUCUUGAAGAAAACUUUAAUAAAAUCGUAGCAGAGAACGAAGAGUUAAAGAAACAACUUAAUGAACAAAGACUUAAAUUUCAUGAACUUAAAAAUCAACUUGAACAAAAUGAACAUAGUAAUGUUUACAAUUCAGAACAAAAAGUAGCAUUCGAAAAGGAUAUAAAAAAUUUAAAUGAUCAACUUCAAGAAAAAAGUGAAGCAUUCGAAAAACAACGUGAUAAAAUUAAAAAACUUGAGAAAAAAAAUGAACAAAAUAACCUUGAAAUCACGAAACAAAAAAAAACAUUCGAGGAACAACUUAAAAGUUUAAAUAAAAAACUUCAAGCAACAAAUGAAACUUUAGAAGAAAAAAAUAAUGAAAUUAAAGAUCUAGAACAAAAAAAUAUCGAAUUAAAAGAUGAAGCUUCAAAAUAUCAAUCUGCUCUUGGGACUGCAACUAAUUUAAGAUUAUCAGAUAAUGACGAAAAUAAUUCAGUUACACUUAAAAAUGAUAUUUUAAGUUUACAAGAUUCUUUAGAAGAUUACAUUACAAAAUGUAAGGAACAAAAACCCUUAAUUAGAGCAGUAUUACAACGUUAUGUCAUUGAAAGAAUUAUUGUAUAUGCGCAAGAAUAUUUUGGAAAUCUAAAAAAUCACGGAAAUCGGCCGCAUGGCAUUGAGGCUAAUUUACUCGCAAGAGCUAAUGAUUUGAUAAAAUUAACAGAAUAUUUCGCAAAAGGACGCACCGGAACUGAUGAUACAACAAAAGUACUGCCUAUUAAAUUACGUCAACAAAUUUUUGGAGCUCUUGGAAACAGAGGUUUUAAUGAUAUGAUGAUCAAUAAUGGUAAAGAAAUAUUACCACACCUAUUUAUUAACAAUUAUCAUCCUAUAUUGAAUAAAGACAUUGGAAGACAUCGUAUAAUUAAAGAUCCUAAAAAGAAACAAGAAAUCGAAGAUAUGGCUGCAGGUAUUAUUCAAAAAGUAAUCAAUUUAUUUUUUUUUAGAACUAAAACUCAGGAACCAGUUGUUGAAAUUGUUUGGGUUAAUCCUGACGAUAAAAUAGAUCCUGAUUAUAUUGAAGGAAAGUGGGAAGAUGAUGAAAUCGAUGAUUUUGUUGUAGAUAUUUGUUACUUUCCAAUUAUAUCACAAGAAUUCAAUAAUGAGUCAAAACGACACAUUUAUACACCCGCUAGAAUCUUCCCAAAACCUAAAAAGUCAUCAUCAAUUAUAACGACUUUUAUUAAUAUUGCUACAGGAAAUUGA